AUGUCAGCGGAAGCAGGAAAUAAAGUCGAGGAGGAGCAGAUGGAUGUGACUGAGGCAAAGCCAGAACCAGCAGAAGAUGUAAAAAUGGAAAAUGAGGAGCACGCCGAAGAUGAGAUGGAAGCUGAUGAAGGAGAAGACAGCCUUGAAUCGAAAUUCGAAGCAGAUUCGUUCAAGCGGUUCGAACUGCUGCUGAAAAAGACCGAAAACUUCUCACAUUGCUUGAGUGCUGGAGAUGUGGCCGCAUACAAAGGUUCACCACUCAAGAAAAAGCGUGGCCGAACUGCUUCCGAUGUUGAUGGCGAUCAUAGGCAUAGGAAGACGGAGCAGGAGGAAGACGAAGAAAUGGUGGAAGCAGCUAAUAGAGAAGAUAGCAUCACCAUCUUUGACAAGAAUCCUUUCUAUAUCAAGAAUGGAGAACUCAGAGAUUACCAAAUCCGUGGUUUGAACUGGCUCAUCUCUUUAUACCAUAAUGGAAUUAAUGGAAUCCUUGCUGAUGAAAUGGUUGGCCCCACUUAA